UUGUACUUGUCUGUUCUCAAAGUUGUGAUUUCCGCUAGUUUGGUAUGAGCGGCAGAGGUGAGGAGCUCUGUGUUUUAGAUGAAGCGAUUUACAGUUUAGAAGAUGCUUCAGAGCUCAAAAGGUUUCUCAGAAGUGUUAUGACAGCGAUGUAGCCAUGGUGCUGAAGGACAGUGUGUAAACCUGAGGAGGAAAUACUCAUCACCACCUGGUGUUGGGUCUCAGCUGUUUUAGCAAUGGCUUACCUUGCCCAGUCAGUCCAUCGGCAGUUUGCAGGGCUGGUGCUUGGGUUUGUAGGAUGGAUAAUGACAGCCUCUGUUUCUGGGGUGAACGACUGGAGGAUAUGGUACGUGGACAAUCAGACAGUCAUCACGGGAGGAAUGGCCUCGGUGGGCGUGUGGCGUGUCUGUUUCAACAGCCACAUUUUAGACUCGGCUGAGAUCUGCAAAAGCAUCAGCCUUACAGAUUCAUUCACUCCACUAGAAAUAGCAGCUGCCCAGGUGCUUUGCAUGGUUGCUGUUGGUGUGGGGGUGAUCGCAAACCUGGUGGCGGGACAUGCGGUGAGAAAUGCCAUCUUUGGGGUUGACAACGGGCAUGUCAGACUGACCUUUGUGAUGGCGGGUUCCUUAUACUGGCUAACUGCAGUGUGUUUGCUGGUGCCAGUCUUUUGGAAUAUGAAUUCUGUACUAGCGAAUCUCACAAUAGACUUCCCACCUGACUUCUACUUGCCUUCUGCUCCAGUAAAACAGGAAGUCGGUCCAGGGAUUGGGAUUGGGAUCGGUUCAGCUGGCCUGCUCAUUGUAAGUGGACUACUCUUACUGUGCUACAGGUAUCCCAAAACAAGUGGAGAAACGGGACAUUUUGACAAAAAUCCAAGGGAUGAAGGCUUUCUUGGUUGAAUUGAAGAGAGUAUGGAUGAGGGGAAGAUUAACCCAGCCUAUGAAUCAAAGAAGAUUGAAUAAUAAAGUGUAUCACUCGAUGGAGGACACUGAAGGCUCUAAACACAAUUUCUUAAAAUAUUUGACUGUUUGAGGAGAACUUGAUCGAACCAAAUAUCUAGAUACAGUUUAUUUAAAUGAAUGUGAUAGAAUUAUAUAAUUAUAUAAUUAUAUAAUAGAUUAAUAGCAAUAAAGACAAACACUUUGAGGCAAUUUUAUUGGUAUCAAAUCGUUAAUAUGUUUUUAUGAGAUGAUAUAACACUGGACUUGUAAAGCUGUCUUAUUAUUGUUAUAUAAUGUGCAGGGCACACAAUGCUAUAAGAGUAUACUCACCUAAAUGCCUGUAAUGUAAAUAUAUGCAUUUAAAACUUGGGGGGAGUAAGAUUUUUCAAUGUUUUUGAAAGAACUCAGCUUUACGCUCACCAAAGCUUCAUUUAUUUUAUGGGGAAAAAAAAGCUUAAAAACAGUAAUAACAUUGUAAUAAAUGUUAAAUGUUAAUAAUGUUAAUAAUAAACGUUUUCUAAUAAGUGACCCUGCCUGUGAACACCCUGCUAAAGUCAUUUUUUUGUGAUUUACUGAUUUCUACAUAAAAUCAUAUAAAGCUGUAGAACAUUUUGUGAAAAUAUAACCUUUAUAUCUUUAAUAUUGACUGAGUAUACGGCCAUGUCAAAGAUUG